AUGUCGCUGUCCCCGCUUCGGCCGAAGGGAGUGUGGGCAGGAUGGCGCGCGUUCCGAUCAUCCGCCCCUGCCAAUAAGGCUCUUCCGUUCUCCUUGAACAAUGUGUCUGCUGGCUCCGUCGCUUCCGUCAACCAUGGAGAAGGCAACAUCCUGCGUAUGCUCAUGUUUGGUAAACCGGGUGCGGGCAAGGGAACCCUGUCGGCGAGGCUGGUCAAAAAGUAUGACAUUCUUUCGCUAUCCACCGGCGACUUGUUGCGUCAACACAUCGCAGAGAGGACGGAGGUUGGCCGAAUAGCGGAGGACGUCGUCGCCACCGGCGGACUGCUGCCCGACGACGUUAUGCUCAAGGUGGUUACAAGCAAGCUAGAUUUGUCUCCCAACAAGCAUUGGAUUCUGGAUGGCUUCCCUCGGACGCUAGGUCAAGGGAAAUUGUUGGAUGACCACCUGAGAGCGCAAGGACGUCCACUCAGUUUGGUAGUCAAUCUUGAUGUCGCCGAUGAAGUCAUUCUUAGCCGGAUAUCUGAUCGCUGGGUGCAUCUACCUUCGGGUAGGGUGUACAAUCUCUCAUACAACCCACCAAAAGUCGCCGGCCUCGACGAUGAAACAGGCGAGCCUUUGACUAAACGGCCAGAUGACAAUCCGGAAACAUUCGCUCGCCGGCUGGAGAAAUACUACGGAGCAACAUCCCCGCUCAUAGAGUAUUACAGAAAUCAAGUACCUCCCAGCGUGAGUGUAGUCAGCCUGGCUGGCGCGACCUCGGACGAGAUUUGGCCACAAUUGGAGACUAUCGUCCGCACACACUUCCCGAAUGUCAAGGAACGGGCGGAGACGAGAGAACAGAAAAGACGUACCAGCCUCAGCGAAGCGGUACUCGCCAGGAAUGUGGCUCAAAAGGCUGCUAAGAGUACAAUGAGGGAGUUUUGA